GUUAUCUUCAUUAAUAAAGUCGUAAAGUGAUGUAAUUGUAUUUAGUUAUUUAUUAAUUAUUAUCAAUAAGUAAAAGUCAUCUGCCAAAGAAAUCAUUGAUUUAGCAAUAAUACAAGAUGUCAUUCCCCAAUAAAGAAGAUAGAAAAAAAUGUUGGGAUUCUAGAGACCAGUAUUGGGAGUGUCUCGAUACAAAUGAGAAUAAAUCCAAGCAAAACACUGAAGAAGUGCAAGCUUGUAAAGCAUUUAGAAAACUGUUUGAAAGUAAUUGUCCCGCACAGUGGGUUACACAUUUUGAUAGAAAACGAUCGUACUUGCAAUUUAAGCAAAGGAUAGAAAAAGAAGGAUAUGAACCUUUAGAUAAUAAGAACCAUAAUAAGUCCUAAAACUCUUUCUUCACUUGGAUCAGAGUGUUC